UGUGACUCCAAGGGUUGCACUGCAACAUCGUGAAACACUUCAAGAUUUGUGCGCGUCAUUCCUUUACACUGCAACAUCGUGGUGCACUUCAAGAUUUGUGCUUGUCACUCCUUCACAAUUCAAAAGAAAUCCCUGUGACUACAAGGGGCACACACACACUGACCACCAAGGUGAUCCAAAGUGACGUAAUUUGUGUAAAAAAAUUGCAACAUCAAAAGUACUGCGGGCCGACACGGUUGGCUACAUUUGCCGCAUGCCUCCUUCCUCAGAGACAUGCGUGAUGCCAAGAACUUCUGAGCCUGUGCCAAGUCCGAAAACAUAUACAAUCGAAUUCGGAUGGAUAAUUUCUUACAAAGCAAAAGGCAAGACAUCUCGUGAUUCCCAACUCCUAAUUGUUGUCCAGUGCCCCUGGAACCACAAUAUAUAGUACAUUUGAAGCAAGUGUGGUAAAAAGAAGGGGUCCUCCCAAGAGUCUCAAGAGAUCAAUUCCAGGUGAGCAUCAUUUCUGAACCUCUUGUUCUUCAGGUUUCGCCUGUUCGAAUGAUCUGCCCGAUGGAUCGCCAGAUCAUUUGGAGGCAUUUUUGCACAGCAAUAUGUGCCAGGUCCAUGGCUGCUUUGGACAGGCAGUGCUGCUUUCGCCCCCGAAACCACUUGGACCUCCGCGUGGUGAUUGCGGCAAGCGUGACUCGCACCACCUGCGUCAGCGUCGAAAAACACUACAGUUGAUGCGAAGCGUCAGCUGUGAUGUUUGUGGCCGGAUGGCUUCAGGGAUCCGCAUGGUGGGCUGUACGCAUGCAGAGGCAGUGCCGAAGAUUUGCGAGGACCGGACCUUGAAAAUUUGCAAUGCAAUAGCUUGGUCGCACACAGUGGAGGAGCUAGUGGGCUGCGAAUUUGCUCGAACUCGUACCUGCAACCGCAACAACGACAAGUGCAAUGCAUGCCAUUGCUUCACCCUCCAACAGCGGGAGAAUGUCAAAGUGAGGCGACAUGGCAGACUACCAUCUCAACGCGCUGCAAAGUCGGGACAGCAAUACCCAAGGUCAGAGAAGGCCAAAAAGAAUGAACGGAAAUUUAUGGAGGAGGAAGAAUUGAGGAUGCAGAAAGUGGAGGGCAUCCCUAGGCUGCAGAAGUCUUUGAUCCAAGCCUGUGGCGGCAGAAAGAGUGUCAUUGAGUUCCCAAUUUCGCUGGAGCCCGAAAGCGAAUGAGAAGCCAAAGCUUGGUUUACCCGGGUUCCCAGCAACUGAGAGCUCAGAAACUGCAUUUGUCGAGGGUGCGAAAGAUUUUG